GAACUCAUUUUCAUAAAUACACUAAAAUCUUUCCAAAGAGAGAGAGAAGAAGAAGAAGAAGAAGAAACGGAAAAAAAUGGCCUGGAAAGAGACUAUUACUGUAUUGAAAUUAAUGGUGGUGGUGGCGGUGGCCGCUGUUGCAGCGGCCGCGGAAACGACGUCGUCUGAGGUUGAGGUGGUUAGGUCGGUGGCGCAGCAGCAGGAGCAGAAGCACCGGAACGCUUAUGCGACGAUGAUGUACAUGGGGACCCCUAGAGACUACGAGUUCUACGUGGCGACACGUGUCAUGCUGAGAUCACUCAGGAAGCUCCACGUGGAUGCCGAUCUCAUUGUGAUUGCCUCUCUCGACGUCCCUCUUCGCUGGGUUCGAGCCAUGGAACAGGAAGAUGGAGCGAAAGUGAUGAGAGUGGAAAAUCUGAACAACCCGUACAAGAAACAGUCCAAUUUUGAUUGGAGAUUCAUGUUAACCAUGAACAAGAUCUACGUUUGGAGCUUGGUGGAGUACGACAGAGUGGUCAUGCUUGAUUCUGAUAACAUUUUCCUUCAAAACACAGAUGAGUUGUUCCAGUGUGGUCAGUUCUGUGCUGUGUUCAUCAACCCUUGCAUCUUCCACACCGGCCUCUUCGUGCUGCAGCCUUCGAUGGAGGUGUUCAGGGACAUGGUUCGUGAGUUGGAAAACGAGAGAGAGAACCCAGAUGGCGCGGACCAGGGCUUCAUCGGCAGCUACUUCCCUGACUUGCUUGAUAGGCCCAUGUUUCAUCCACCUGCUAAUGGGACAUUGCUCAAUGGAACCUUUAGGCUUCCUUUGGGGUACCAAAUGGACGCUUCUUACUAUUAUCUUAAACUGCGGUGGAGUGUACCCUGCGGACCAAACAGUGUGAUCACAUUCCCAAGUGCGCCUUGGUUGAAGCCGUGGUAUUGGUGGUCUUGGCCUGUUUUGCCACUUGGCAUUUCCUGGCACGAACGACGUCGUCACACUCUCGGGUACGGAGAAGAGAUGGGCGCGGUGCUGCUCCAGGCAGUGAUGUACGUGGGGCUGUUACUAGUGACAAGGCUGUCGAGGGCCAACAUGUCUAAGCUAUGGUACCGUCGUGUGGACAAGAGCAACGCUCUCAUACAAAUGGCCCUUAGAAUUGUAGCUGUUUGGUCCAUUAUUGCAGCCUACGUUGUCCCUUUCUUCCUCAUUCCAUGUACCAUUCAUCCCCUUCUUGGCUGGGCUCUCUAUUUACUUGCUUCGUUCGCUCUUUCCUCUGUAUCCAUCAACGCAUUUUUGCUGCCACCUCUUCCCGUUUUGGUUCCUUGGGUUGGGAUAUUUGGGGUCCUUUUGGUUAUGGCGUUUCCUUGGUACCCAGAUGGGAUUGUGAGAGCCAUUUCUGUGUUUGGCUACGCAUUUUUGUGUGCCCCGUUUCUUUGGGCAUCUAUAGUUAGAGUCAGGACUUGUCUUAGGAACUCAUUUGAAAAGGAAGCAUUUUUCCCUAGAUUGGGUGAGUCCACCAUUCCCCUUUCUGGGAUUAACAAGCUUUGUUAAUGUGAACUCUCAAACUAAAAAAACACAACCAUUUACUUAAUUUAUUUGUAAUAUAUUGAGCCCUUGAAAAAAAAAAGAAAAAAAAAAAAACUCAUUGAAUAGAAUCUAUGUAAUCAUUAUUACCCUGUUAAUUGUCUUAAUUUGUUAACAUUUGCUAAUAUCUUGUAUAGCAGUCAUACUUGAAUUUUAUUAUAAUGGGUUGUAGUUGGCUUAUACUAUUCAAAAUGUAACCUUUUAGUUAGUGGGACUAAAUAUUGGGCAGCACUAUUUUAGGCAUUAUGUAAGACUUUGAUUUUAGUUUGUGGAGGAAAGCUGUAACUAAUUUUUAUAAUGAGAAUAUUUCAUAUUCAAAUGACUAAUA